AUGAUCCGAUCUGAAUUUUUGAACCAACAACGGCGUUCAGACCAGUUAGUACUAAGGAUCAAAGCUUCAAGGCUUAAAAGGAAAGUCAAGCUACUGAGGUACCAUACUCAUAUUGAAUCACAGUAUAACAUGCAUAGAGCUUCUAGCGCCAGUUUCAAGGGUAAACUGGUAGACUUGAUACCCAAGAAAAAACCUCACACAAAACACACACUAUCAAGUGAAAGCAAAAUCUAUAACCUCAAACCAGCAGAUGUCUUACAUCCCUUCAUUAACGUCUCGCAAUUUGAUAUUUCUUUGCUUUGCAUGACUGAAAGAUGUCCUCAGCUUUUUGAUGGGAAGGAAGCCGUACCUGCUAUUAUGCAAUCAGAAACUAGUGAUGCGAAGGAAUUGAAGAACAUGAAGUUCAAAUUCCACACUGUUUACGGCAUAUAUCACUGGAUUAAGGAAUUUACGAGUAAUAGAGAAUUAUCCCUGCAACCACUGGAGUUUAUUAAUGAAAUUGCUCCUCCACUACCUACCGUGAAACUCAAUUUACAAGCAUUAGAGCACGGUUGGGAAGAAAUGACCCUAGAACACCUUUUCAUGAACAUUAAUGAUAGCCCUGAAAAUAUAAUACUGUGGAUUUUACAGAACCGCCCUGACCGCUAUAAUGUUGUUAUGAGCGGAAUGUUGCCGUUGAUAGGCACUUAUUUGGACCAUCUGGAGAUUAUAGAACUCGUUAUUCAACAACUGCUUAAGAUAUCCCAAGAGCAGAGCGAUUUCAAUGAAGAGGAAAAUCGACUGUUUGAAAAGCUGCUGAAAGCUGUUGAAGACCGUUUUGGAGGCGGUUACUCUUCAGUCUUCAACAUACAUACGGUCAUCCAGCUUUUGAAAUUUCAUCUUAAAAAUGGAAAUCUUAACCAAUGCAAAACCUACAUGUCUGAGAUAAUUGGUAUGGGGUUUUGUCCAAGUUCCCACAUUGUUAACCAGUAUCUGUCCUUGAUAGAUGAACAGAUUACCGAAGAAUCGCAUUCUGAUCCAAACUCUCGCAGGGUCGUCAAGUUUGCAUAUAUUGCAGACUUCUCAAUGGUGUUAGAAAAAACCUUAACAGCCGAGAAUUUGUCAAUAUUAAUCGAUUAUUGCAUUCAUCCAACGGAAGUCUUCGACCUGCUCACAAUAUUCGAACGCACAGGAAACCAUCGUCUAUUGUCUGAACAAUGUGGCGUGAAACUUAUUGGUACAUUAUCCCAACUUACAGACUCUUACAUCACUAACUGCUGUAAUUUAUCCACUUUACUUCAUAAAAUGAAGGCUUAUUACGAAGGACCAAUACCAGCACUGUUGGUUGAAACAUUUAUAUCUGCUUAUUUGGAAAAUUACAACUAUUCCAUGGCAGCUACAUUAUACAGAACAUACGAUUUUGUUAAUAAGAUCCCGGACAGAAAACUUAAAAAGUCAGAAAGUUCCCUACCAGGGUUUACUGAGACGGAUAGAAAAAAGUUUAUGGAAUUGUGUAGCAUCACAACUCCAGUUUAG